AUGCCGCGCACCAAGAAAUCUCACCGCCGCGACCCUUCCCCCUCCCAUUCUCACUCUUCGGACUCUUCGCACACCGCCUCGGCCAACGACAUGGCCCUCUCCGGUAUCGCAACAUCAGCGUGGUUCCCAUUCUUUAUCCUCGCCUUCGCGUCCCUCGGCUCAUUCUUCACGGUCGUCGCCUGGACAUUUCCCUUUGUCCAGGCAGGCGAUUAUCGGUUCGUGCCUCUCCUCCUGGCGGGUAUUGGGGGGAUGAUCCUGUCUCCCAUGAUUGGGCUUUUGCUCUCGAACAUGGUGUUGGAGGCCACGGAUUGUGUUGGGCGUUGGCUUCUUCACCCCCUCCCACCCACCCAGGAGAAGGAGGACGCGGGAGUGGCACGCGGACUCGUGCUCGUGUUGGUCGUCCUACUUGGGGUAGUUGCGUACUUGGUCGUUGUCGUGCGCAACCUCGGCGCCGAGACUGCGACGCUUCGCCGCGAGAUUGCAUAUGUGGCGCUCCGGGACGCACAGGCGCAUGAGAAGGGAUGGUUUUAG